AUGGACCGUACCGUCUAUGAGGCCUGUGCCGAGCAGGUGGAGCAGUACGGUCGCAAAGUGAGUGCGGACGAGAUCCUGUCACAGAAGGUCAACAACAUGGUGCCCAUUCCGUUCAAGUCCAGGGAAGACCUGGAAUUAGCCGCCAUGGCCGAUAAGCAAGAAGGUGUGUUUUCGGGGGAUCUGAUGCCGCAGAUAGAUCUCAAGGUGCUGCAUUACUAUGCCACGCAGCUCAUCGUGCAGAAAUAUCCCCAUUUGGUCAACAGCUUUGACGAAACGGCACUCAUAACGUUCGGGCUCUUGGUCGAGAAAUGGGUCAAUGACUACCUCAAACAACAGGAGCAGGGUCGCUCAGUGCCUGCCGAACUCAUUUCUAAGAACACCAACUACAGACAGUCGCCAUCGGAUAUUUGA